AUGAUUCAGCUUCAGCCGAUCGCCCCAUGGGUCGUCGCCGCGGCGCUCUUGACCGGCUCCGUGAGAUACGCGCAGGCUAAACACGAAUGCAACCUCAAAUGUCGUCUGAAGCCUGACUGGGUGGAAAGCCACGAGAGCGAGCCGGAGGAGCCGCAGCUGCCGCACGGUUCCCAGGAGUUCGGUGAUUUCAUCACCACCCUCUACAAGGACUGGUUCGGCAACUACAACCGUAUCGGCGAGAAUGGCAGAAUUCUCACGGCUGCUGACGCGCCCAGGGAGUACAAGAUUUCCAAGGUCUUCACCAUCACUGACGUCGGCUUCGGUAGAUUCAUCCGCAUCACGAACACUGUGUUCCUGUGCCUUGCCGUCGGAUUUUUGGUCUACAUCUUCAUCCAGGCGAAGAACAGUCAAAACGCUGAAGGUGGGUCAAGUACGUUGUCCGUUUAA